UAUGACUGAAAAAUUUACAUUGCAUAUUGAACCAGCCAGCAUUUAUAUUCCGACUAUCAGAGGUUUUAUCAUUUAUAAAGUUAAGAACAAAUUUAAAGUAACCGAUAAGAAAAGAAGGAAAAAAAGAAGCAUAAAUUGGGGUCAUAGAAUAUGUAAAGUUCAUGUUAUAACAGAUGUACAAUAUUACAAUUUCCAUGGAAGAAAUCUUGCUAAUCUCGUUGCCGAUGUUUAUAGUAUUCUUGGAGAAGUUGACCUAAUUUAUUCAACAACCGAUUGGUUAGAUAAAAGAAUCGACUUUACUUUAGGCGUAAGAUUGAGCAAGAUUACUGUUUUUACAACAAACUCUUCUGUUGACGCUAUCAAUGACAACAUCUUAAGUAGUAAAAAGUACUUAGAAACGCUAUCAAAGAGGAAUUUCACUGGCUUUUGUGCUGGUUUCGGCUUUACCGGAAGGGAUUUUACUAAAGAUGAUCGAGCCGUUCAAGGCUUAACUUAUAGUGUAAAUCCUAGGGACACAACCAGUGGAAUUUGUGCUGUCUACUCUAAUUUAUUAGGUCAAUGGAGGAACGUUGCACUAAUGACUUCCGUUACUUAUCGAAAACCACUGACUAGGGCUGAGCGAUUAACAACAGUUGCACAUGAACUGGGACAUUUAAUGGCAGCUUUGCACGAUGACCCAAACGAUGGAUUUUGCUCUCCUAAAACUUCUGAAGAUCUAUAUCUUAUGCAUCCAUUCUCUCUUAUGGGAGACAAACCGAACAAUAGGAAAUUUUCACUUUGUAGUAAAUACCAUAUGAGAAAAAUAUUAAAAUUGAGAUGGGGAUGUUUAAGUGUUGAGCAGGGUUCAUCUUGUGGCAACGGUAUCGUUGAACAGGGCGAAGACUGUGAUUGCGGUUCUAAAGAUAUUUGCGAUCUUAUAGAUCCAUGCUGCAAUUCUCAAUGCAAAUUCAAAUACGAAUGUAGUCCUUUGCUGAAUCGUUGCUGCACAUCUGACUGUAAGAUAGAGAAGUCUGGUAAAGAGUGUUCGUAUGAAAGUGAAUGUCAAAAAGCUUCUUAUUGUAAUGGUAUAAGCUCUGAAUGUCCUCCAAGUAAACCAUUGCCAAAUGGUAAGAUUUGUGCGGCGGGGAUGAAAGCAUGCCAGAAUGGGAUAUGUUCAGCAAGUAUUUGCAUUCAUUAUAAUCUAAGAGAAUGUAAAUGUCCACCGUCAUUUGAUCCAUGUAUCAUCUGCUGUUCAAACGUUACCUGUGAACCCUUAAAACCCACCGUCUAUAAGAUUUAUGGUAGUCAAUGUAACGGCUAUUCUGGAUAUUGCGAUGAGUUAAAUACAUGUGUAUCAUUGCCUCUUAAUUAUGAUAUACUACAACUUAACGAUGCGGAGAUAAUCUUUCGAAAUUACCGAUUUGUAAAUAAUUGGUUCUAUGUCAUGUUUUCUAUAACUGUUCUAGUAUUAGGUGUCUUUAUGUAUUUGACAAGUAAGCAAAGAGACCCUGUCGCUUCAGAGGGCUUUCAAUCACGGACUUUAUCAUAUAAACAAUUACUAGAAAAUGAUAAAUGGGCUUUAUACGUUCAUCAAAGAUUGGAUGACAGAAUAUCAGACAUGAAUAAGUCAUUUGAAAUGUUAGAUGAAUUUUGUAGAUCCUAUAUUCCAUCGAGGAAGACAACUGCAAUAGAAAGAUUGAAAAUUCUCUUUCCCAAGGCUGACGAUGAUUUAAUAGCUACAAAAAUUGAAUACUGUGAAAUGGAGAGAGAUGUUAUUAAAAAACUAUUAUUUAGAGAUAAAUUAGCUCUAUUAGAAGGUUGGAUUAAAUAUGAGACAUACGUUAUCAUGAAAUCGAAUGAUGUUGACUGUGAUAAGAAUUGUAUGAAAAAUAAGGAGGAAUUUUGUUAUUCCAAUAACUUAAAGGCACGAAGGGAUGCUGUUAAAAAGUAUAGGGCUGAAAAGCUAUUAGGCUUAUCAACCCUUUUUUCAUUUGAAACAGGCAAAAGUCGUUAUUUUAAAUUACCUAUUGAAAAUUUAAAAAAUUUAACUUCAUAG